UUAGACAUUUACGUGUCAAUUUGUACAUAAACUAAAACGUUGUGGAGAUUGUAAGAUGUCACGAAACAACAGAUCACACGAGGAAAAAAAUAAACUAUUUACAAAAGUCGUAAUAAGACGGUUGCCCCCCACAAUCAACAUGGAAACGUUCCUAUUUCAAAUUUCGCCCGCCCCGGACUACAACUACACAUACUUGGCGAAAGGAGACGCCAACAUGGGAACAAAUUGCUUCUCCCGCGUCUAUAUAAACUUCGUUAAUCCCUACGACGUCUUCGAAUUCAAGGAACGGUUCGAUAAUUACGUGUUUUUGGACACCAAGGGAUACAAGUAUCCCGCCGUUGUGGAAUAUGCCUCGUUUCAAAAGAUACCGAAAAGAAGACAGAGAUCCAGAGGGGACCCGAAAUGCGGCACAAUUGAGUCGGAUCCCGCGUAUCAGGAGUUCGAAAAAAUGAUUAACAAACCGAUUGAAUACGAAGAAAAACAAGAAUACACGCUUCAGUUCACGCCGGAGAACAAAAACGAACCAACGACUCCUCUGUUAGAGUACAUCAAAAAUAAAAGGGCCGAGAGACGGAGAUAUUGGGAAAGCUAUCGGGAAGAACGGAAGAGGCGGGAAUUGGAGAAGAGAAAGGAACGUGAUGAUGAAAGGAAUAGAAAUAUUGAUGAAAAAUCAAUCAAAACUAUCGUGAUUAAACCGCAAGGAAAGUUUACGAAAGAGGAAAAAGUAACCGAAGAGGAGGUUGAUAGUGAUACUGAUAAAGCGGAACAUUUAGAGGGGAGGUCGGCAAAACCGUACGAUAGGUCUCCGUAUUAUAAAAACAAAGAUAAAAAAUAUGAUGACAGCAAAAAGGACAAACCAAAGUUUAAAAUGUAUCCGGAGAGACGAGAUUAUAAAAGAUCUGACGAUCGUGGUUAUGGAAAUAAAAGUGACUAUAAUAAAAACCAAAAGUACUGUUAUAAAAAAGAUAAUUACGAAGGUUACAGACCGUAUAGGUUGGAUGAAGUUCCUUGGGUAGAAAGCAAACCGUUUUCUAAAAAGGUUAGGAAAUAUAGUGAAAAACGAGAGGAAAGGAAGAAGGCUGAACAAAGAAAAUUUGAAUUAGCUGAAAAAAAGAAAAAAGACAAAUUGACACUAUUAAAAUCAUCUGACAAAAUAGAGGUGGUUAAUAAUUCUACGCAGGAAGCAAACAAAAUUUCAGAGAAACCUGAGGAACAGAAAGUUGAAAAGAACGAAACUGGACAGGGUGCAAAUUUGAAUAUAGAUCAACAACCCCCAACUAUUUACAAACAGGAAAAUUUAAAUGUAAAUUCUAAGUGAGCAGUGACGUUAAAUAAAGUUUAAUGUGCUUUAAAUAUUAGAUACACUGAAUUUUCGGUACCAACGGUUUAUUGACCUAAAGAUGGCUUUUAAAACCAA